CUCGCACCAAUACUUGACCGAGUCAAAUAUCAAUGAAUACAGCAACCAAACUGUGAGAAUGUAGGUCUUUGUGUUUUAUCGGGGUAAAAAAAACAUGUAGAAUAAAGACGGCAAACAUCUUUUCAAAGGAAAGGCAAGCAGGAAAAUACCUCAUAAUCGACGCUCUGCGCAUGCUCAAACUGCUCUCGCCACUUAUGAAUUUUUAAUGGAAAAUGGCGGCUUUUCUCAACCAAACCCUCGCGGCUCGGAGAUAAAAAAAGAAAAUAAAAAACACAAUUUGUGGCCAAUGUUUAGCAUCUUCUUGACGCUCGCUUGUCGGCUGUCCGACGCGGUGACGGCCCGCUAGCCAGAAUGAAAGGGUUUCUUUGUGAAAAUGGACCAUUUCGCGCUCUGAGGCGAUGAAAGAUGAUUUUUGCUCCUUAACUCUUUCUGUGCCGACGCCAGCCGACAAUUAGGAGAGAAGAUGAUGCGCCAGGUGACAAGCGGCGACUUCUGCAUGAACGCACGGCCGUCGUGCCUGGCGGAGGACAACCAUCACCCGGCCACUCACUUUGACCUUUGCACCACACAGCCCAACAAGUUUUACCCCCCCCCUCCUCCUCCGUCACUCCAGAUGACACUGGCCCCCAUGGCGCUACCUGCUCCCAGCCACAAGACCAUGGUGUGCCCGAGACAGGAAGUUCUCGGGGGUGACCCACAGCUACCCUUGAAGCUCCCGGGUGUCAAAAGCGGCGAUCCAGAGGUGGCGGCAGCAGUGGGAGGAGACGAGGGCAAAAAGAAGAGCAAAGGCGCCGGGAAGACAGGACGGAGGGGGCGCCCGCUGGGCACCACUAAGCUGGCGGGUUACAGGACCAGCACCGGGCGCCCCCUCGGCACCACCAGAGCCGCCGGUUUCAAGACGAGCCCGGGCCGGCCACUGGGCACCACCAGGGCCGCGGGCUACAAGGUGAGCCCCGGGCGACCCCCCGGCAGCAUCAAGGGCCUCUCCCGCCUCAACAAACUGACGUACAGCGGCGGUUGUAGCGGGGCCGCCUUCCCGUACCCCCUCCCUCACAAGGACAUCCUGUGUGAACCCUCGUGCAAGGACAAGAGUCCUCCAGAGUGAGGUGGAUUCCUCCUCACUGUUUUUAUCAGCCUUCUAUCAUCGCUGUCAUUGCCAGGGUGUGGCACAUUCCUGAUGCACAACACCAAGGAUUCCCACGUCAAUGGAUCCUUUGAACGCAACACCAAUCAGAUGUGCUCACUCACAGCUGUGGUGGUGGACAAGGUUUUUUUUAGUGUCGCAUGAUGUGAAAGUGAGACUAUCAGGGAUUUGGUGUUCACAAGUGUGGCUACAUGUAGCACUUUUUCCACGCGUCCACUUUGUGUCUAAAUAUUAAUGCAUGCAAGUGUCACCCACUCUGUAAACAAGAAGGACGUCUGUGACCCCGCACUCACCUGCUAAAGGGCUAGUGGCGUCCCUUUGUUGCCAUGGGCACGACGUAUCGCACCCACAGUCACCGUUCCAGAUACAAAUCUGCUUUCACGAGAAAACUGCUCUGUUUUUUGACAAGUCCUUCCUACGUAUUAUGAAAGCCCCAUUGAGCUUUGUGAUUUGCCGUUGAGUUUCAGUGUGCCGACAGAGGGCGCUGUUUCUCCACGGUGGAGAAAAACUUGUUUUCAUGGAAACUAGUUUUUAAUUUAUUUUUGUGUUCUUUUCAGCUGAGUCGAUGCAAUGACAUAAAUAGUACUUUUAUGAUAAUCAUAUUUGUUGGAAACUCAGCCAAUCUGUUUGCUAGUCGUGUUCAUUCUACGCAAACUACGUGUGUUUAAAAGCACUCAAGCUAGUGAGGGGAAACCUGAUUCAUCGUCAUGACUCGAGUUCUUGAAAUGAACCGGGUACUCUGUUUACCUCGGUCCUACACAGUUUCAGCCCGUCCCCCGACUUGGCCGGCAUGUGCCGUGUUCCCUGACUAGUAGCAGGGUUGAGUAAGUCAUCGAGUUCGUGUACAUUAGCACCCGUGAGUCCCAAUUCACUAAAUCGCGAGUUUUGAACGAUUCUUCCAUGACCAUAAUUAGAGCAACAUCUAAACAGCUCAAUUUGUUGCACUAAAGUGUCAGUCGUUGUACAGUAGUAACAUUAAUACUAGUCAUUUUCAUGAUUAUUGGUGUAUGGUUAGAUGUAAGUACUCACUUUAUGUGUCGUGUUGUCUGACGGUUGACACUCGCCUUUACCAAAGAAUAUUAUCUCAUUUUGGAACACCACCGCGGGAGGUUUAGUGUCAUAAAACAAAGAAGCACCGUGCUAUGAAAGGUAGUAUGAUUGUGGAGCGAAGGCGAGAGUCGUGUGAAAUGUCCAUUUUGCCAUUUUGCGAGGAUCGCAUUAAGUUGUAGUGAUGGCGCCUCAAUGCACCCCCGGCUUCUUUUUGGCAUUCGUGGAACACAGAUGUAGCCAAUGUUGAUAUUUCCAAAGAGAUGACGACCCUUUCCGUGGUUAGCAAGCGUCGGAGAAGCGACAGGUGGACAUCAUCCGGCAAGCCGAGUCAUUGCAGAGUUGUGGUGUACUUCACACCUUGUCAUGUCAUCAACCUCCAAAUUUCAUCGACGCAUCAAAAGCAGAAUUGGAACCACACAAUUGUGCUGUUAUGUGCUCUAAAUGAUGAUGUAGCCUUCAAUUAUUUUUCUUUACUGGAAAGUCCAGCAGGUAUUUUUAAUCGGUUCUGACCGAAAUAGUUUCCUUGUCAUUGAGGACAUUCUGAAAUACGUCAAAAAAUACUUUUUGGAUAUUUGUUAUUGCCAUCAUAAGCUCAAGAGUUUUCUUUGUUGUAAAAGACGAAGUUGACGCCUCAGUGGAUGCUGACUUAUCAAGACUCGAAGGCGAUUCAUUUUAUUCCUGCAUGAUUGUUGUUGAAUGUUCUAAAGUUGUGUAAUAAAUGUAAACGUAACUUGUGCUGAUGCUUUUAAGAUUUUGAUUGAAGUGUUGUCUUGACUGUAAAUAGAUGUCAUUAUCAAAUCAUUAGAGGACAAUAAUAAACUUUGAUUAAACAAC